AUGUCAGUUGUCCCGCAUGCCUCCAAGGCUGUCUGCAAGAUCCAGGAAUCACCGCUAAACAGAAUUGCGUUUGCUGAGUGGGCAGUCGAGCGUGGUCCCGAUCAAUUCGACAAUAUCGAGAUACAGGCUGCCGUCCUUUUGUGUUCGCUGUCUCGAGACUGCUUAGCUCAGCAGCGAGGGGCACAACACCAGCUCGCCCGCGGCCAACGACAUCCCAGAGCAAACCACACUCGACGGCGACGGCAUGAGCAGCCAGAAGUGGAAAAUGCAGGGAUCGCUAGCGAGCUCACCUCAGUGUCUGCAAAAGAUCCCGCCGCGGAGCUGUCGACUGCAUACCCUAGAUCCAGGCCUGUGUUUCCGAUUGACCUGACGUUUGAAAAAAAAAUGCGAGAAGUGACAGAGUCAGACUUCGGGGACAACGAUGGCCAGGGUUUGUGGUGUACCUUUGACAUGUUAAGCAUCAAAGCCCCUCAGCAGUGUCUAAGACACGAAUGCAACGACGGGGAUCACCGCGAAUUGUUCAACGCGAAAGAGAGGCAGAGGCAGCAUCCAACAAGUACCGGGUACACCCAAAGUCUAGCUGGAUUGCUCUAUCCAAACAUGUCGCUGCGGCAGGGCAAAUCUUCUGGAGUAGGGAUAGAUCGUAAACGCAUGCGAGGUGAUCAGGAAGGCCAUUCGACCUCUGCAGGAUAUGGUUAUCUUUUUCCGGAGACGGAAUCCAUCAUGGAGGUCCGUUUCAGCCAUGUCAAUGCUCUUGUCUUCGGCCAAUUCACUUGUCUUAAAUUGCUGAACGAAUAA